CCCCGGCUGCUCGCAAGUCGCGUCCGCGACCGGUGAAUUUCUCGUUCUCGCGAAUCCCGUUCGAGUUCCGAUCGACGAAACAUCCGCGCGCGAAAGUGACAGCUCCGAGUGGUGUGCUUCGGUCCCCGGGGGGACAGACAACAUUGGGAAACGCCACGCUUGCAGGAGAGAGAGAGAGAGAGAGAGAGAGAGAGUCAGUCCCGUAGCCCUCUUGGUUAGUGAUCUACGCGUAGCCGCCUCCCCACGAUCAACGUAACCUCGAUACCGGUAGCAAACAAAAGCAGCAGCAUUCUUUAUUGUACUUGGCACACUAACGGUGUAAACACGAGAAUCCACCAAGACGCGAAUCGCGAGUGGUCCGAGAACGAGGAGGAGAAGUCAAGAACGAACGGUGGACGCGGAAGAAUCAGGUCGCGAAAGCUCCAGGUGGGAUAGCCUUUGAUUGUGAUGUGGUGGAGCCCCCCGGAGGACCGCGGGGGCAGGAGGUCAGAGGCAGAUCGGUCGUGAGGGCAACAAGCACGGCUCGGCUGCCCCGAGGCAAGAUCGCCGGCAGGGCGGAGGAGGAGGUAGGAUGGUGUGACCUCCGGCGUCAUCCCGCCCGACGCGGAGGUGGUGCUGGAGGUGGCGGAGGCGGCGGUGGAGUCGAGCAGCUGCUGCCCGACUCAGAGGAGGAGGAGCCGACGGCGAUGUCGAGGCAGCUUCGAGGUGAACGGGACCACGUGAGCCGCGACUACCAAGAGGGCUACCUCAGUGACUUCCGGGACCUACGCGAUCUCAGGGAUUUCAGGGACUUCCAUCGAGAAGAUAGGGACGAGAGGGACGGUCAAGGACUGAGAGAAGGACCCACUGCCGGCAGGACUUAUCGGGACGAUUAUUCGGAGGAAUACGAUCAUCGUCCGACCGCUGCAUCCACCUCGGCGAAUCUCGUCAACAACCCGAAUCAUUUGCACAUUAUCGGUAGCCGCUGGAAUCACGCAGCAGUUAGGAAAGGAAUAAUUUCAGCCUCUCGAUAGCGAUCGUCCGCUAAUUUGCCGCAAUAGAGAACAAUUUGCGCCUCGACCUUUUUCUCGCGCGGCGUGCAGCGCCGCGGCGCCGCGUGCUGCUGCAGCUGCGAGCGUCACGAAAGCGGCACGAGAGAUGUCUGAUCUCAUGCGCCGCUCUGGAAAAAUUCAAGAGUCCGCUCGGCACGCGCGAAACACGUCUUAGGACCAGCACAGGAUUCUAAAUCUGCCUCGAGCGCCUCGUCAAAGCGGCCUACAUUUCCGGUAGUAACGAUGCCAAUGAUGCAACCGUGAAAGAGAAGAGAGGCAGGUGCAAGUGCUAACAACGCGACCGAUUAGUAUAUGUAACGAACAAGUUAGUCCUGAUUCUUUUUCAUAAACAUUGCUAGAUAUAAAAUGCAUGACAAAAAAA